GGCGGGAGGAAGAUGGCGGCGGCGGCGGCCGGGGACGGAGCGGGCGAGUGGCAACCGUUGGAGCCGCUGGAAGUGGAGCGACGGCUCGAGCGGACCCGCAGCCAACUCAGCAACCGCCGCAAGAUCCUCAUCAAGAGCCUGGUGCCCGGCACCGGCCCCCAGGAAGUGCAUGAGCUGUUGGCAGACUAUGAGCUGAAGUACUGCUACGUGGACAAGAACAAAGGCACCGCCUUUGUGACUCUGCUGAACGGUGAGCAAGCGCAAGAUGCCAUUCAGAAACUCCACCAGUCGGAAUUUCAGGGCCGUGAGAUCUCUGUUCAGCUUCAGCCGACAGACACGCUGCUGUGUGUGACCAACCUCCCCCUGUGCUACAGCCAGGAGCAGUUUGAGGAGCUAGUGCGACUGUAUGGGAACCUGGAGCGCUGUUUCCUGGUGUACAGCGAGACCACAGGACACUCGAAGGGCUACGGCUUCGUGGAGUACAUGAAGAAGGAUUCAGCAGCUCGGGCCAAGUCUGAACUGAUGGGCAAACAGCUGGGGACGUGCACGCUGUCUGUGCAGUGGACAGACGUCAAUCACCUCUCAGCCGAUCUGCUUCACUCCAAGUGCCUUUGUGUAGAUAAGCUACCACUCGACUACCGGGACGCCGAGGAACUGACCCAACUGCUCUCCCGGCCGUACCGACCGGUCUUCUGUCAGCUGACCCCGGGAUCGAGCAGCCAGGCUGGCUUCGCGGUGGUGGAGUACGAGACGGCCACUCAGACGGAGCUGGUGCAGCGAGCGCUGGACGGGAUGCUGUUGGGGAACAGUCGGAUCCGGGUGUCGUUCUGUGCCCCGGGACCCCCAGGCCGCAGCACGCUGGCCGCGCUCAUCGCUGCCCAGGGCUUGCUUCUGACCAGCAGGAAGGGGCUGCUUCCUGAGCCCAACCCCCUGCACAUCAUCAACAACAUCAAUCACCCGGCCGCACUACAACUUCUGCUGAGGCCUUACCUCAACGGAGGCGCGGCCAAGCAAGGUGUGUUUGCAGCCCCCUGUAAUGUCCCUGUGCUGCCCAACCCGGCACUGGCCGCAGUGCUGCUCCAGAUCAACAGAGCACAACAGAACGCAAUGCUAGGAAACGGACUGUUGUUUCAGAGUCUCCUGAGGAUGCAGGUAGCCCAACAACAACAACAGCAGCAACACCAGCAGCAGCAACAAAAACAGCAACAACAGCAGCAGUUGCUCCUGACCAAAGAAACGCCAGCGCCCGGCAUUAAGCCUGGAUUGCUGGGAGACCCGGCUGUGCUGUUUCUUCAGAAGGCUAUGGGUUUACCGGCUGCAGGGAUUAAUCACCCAAAGGGAGUUUUGACCGACCUACCAAAGGGUGUUCCUGUUGCAGGGCUGAGCCUGGAGCCCGGCCAGUCUCCCGUGGGCACGUUACCGUUUUAUCCCAACCGCAGCCUCUUGCCACACGGACGAGGGGAGCAGAAGGCCCCCGAGAAAGCGGCAGCAGGUUUGGGAGUGCAUCCGGCACUACCGGCAGCCGCCCUGGCACACCUACAGGGCAUCCCCAACCCUCUGCUCAAUACUCUGCUCGCCAGCCUCCAGCAGCACCGAGCUCAGCCCAGCCUGCCCGAACCUGCGUCUGUGGGGGGCAUCACGGCAAACAAGUUGUCUCUGUUGGGUGAUCCUCCCCAGGACCUAAAGGUGCCUAACAAUCCAUACUUGAACUUCUACAGUGUCUUUCCUAGCCUGAACCCACCGGCAGGGAGCAUGGGUAAGCAGGUCGGUGUGUCGCAGCAGUCCAGGGGGCUGGGGGCUGUGCUAAACCUCCCCAGCUCCAGGACCACCCAGUCCUCAACCGAGCAGCAGCAGCAGCCAGCCGCCUCCCAGUACACGUACGACGCUUACCAGGAUUACCCGUCAAACUACCGGGAUUACUCACAGGAGCAGCCGUGGUACCCCCAGGGAGUCCCGUCGUUGGAUGAGGGCUUUGCACAUGGGCACAGAGCGGAGCAAGACGAGGUGACGGCUGCAGCUUAUACCGAGGCAUCGACGGCACCUGCGGAAGCGUUCUACAAUCAGCCACCCGCUGCCUAUGGGGACUACAACACCUUUGUACAGAUGGUGCCUUCCUAUUACACUACCAGUCAAGCCUACUACCCAGCCAACGUGCCCUCUGCUUACACCAACAAGAGUCCUGUGGCAGGCCAGAAACGUGCCUCUUCCUACCUCCUGCCCUCGCCGGAGGUCAGCCCAGACGGGGGGUAUGUGGGGCAGCACUCGCAAGGGCUCGGGGGUCAUUACGCCGACUCCUAUUAUAAGAAAAAGCGUGUGUUCUGAGCCGGCCGCUCUUGGUGCCUCCUUUGCCAUGUUUGGGUGUCGCUGAUGUUAUCGCCCAAACGCUGGAUUGACUGUUUUACAUUGUGAAUGGCUGUGACCCCACACUCGGCAGCCGUUUUGCAACCUCCUUUCCUUCGACCCGCUUUCCGUUCAUCAAGACAUCCCGACUUUUAAAAACAACACACGGAGAGAACAGAAAAGCUACGUUUUAUCGAGUUUAUGCGAGUUUUAAUUGUUGGAAUAUGACUUUUUAAAUCAUUGAAUAUUUUUCUUCUCCCCCUCUCUUCCUCCCCCCACACCGCCCCCCCCCCCCUCACACACAUGUUGCUGAUUGUGGGUUCUAACUGUCUGCCUUCCUACAUUACACACAGGAUGUUUCGUACAGUGUUGUUUUACAGGAUUUUACAGGAUGCAUCCCUCCAGAGUUACCCCAAC